AUGCAACAGAUUCAUUCCAACCCGUUAUUUGCCGUUACAUCCGCACUUUAUACGAACUCCAGUUCUAAAAGUGCGAAAGAUAAGAACAACAACGACAUUGAGAAAUGCAUUUCUUCAAAAAACAUCAACAACAACAACAUCAACAACAACAACAUCAUCAACAACAACAACAACAUGAUGGACAGCGGACCGUGCCGGAAAUACGUGAAUGUCGUCAUUCCCUCCACUUCCGCCGAACGAAGAGACAAAUUGUGCGACAUGAAACUAUUUCAAGAAGACAAGAUGGCCGACAAGAUGAUGCAGAAAUUAAAUGGCGGAUUCGCAAAACUGGCCGAUCGAGAUAGCGGCAUUGAGAUCAGCCGCUCGAGCAGAGGCGUCAGCGACCUUGUCGUCUGCUGCAACGGCCAACUCUACUGCGCCAAAGAACUCUUAAAAAACGCUAGCGAAAAAGGCUACAUAUUCAACAACAUCAUCAACAACAGCACUGACAACAACAACAACAACAGCAGUAGUAGUAAUAACAUUUUCGGUAAAGCUAUCCAUUUAUACUCCAAUGCCAACUACGAUUUAGACGACUGCUUCUCGAGUGCGUGCCACAUUGCGACCACUUCAACAGCACUGCAGUCGCCGUCUGUGGCCAACUACGUCAGAUCCACUGCCGCUACCACAGAAACCACUCAACAGCAGCAAAAUGAAAAUGUCAAAAAAUUGAACAAAUAUAAAGAGAAGCACAGCAACAUUGAAGUUAAAACAAGCAGCAUCAGCAACAACAACAACAACAACAACAGCAACAACAACAUCGGUAAAGAACAAACAAACAAAGUAAAUGAUUUGAAAUCAAGAAUUCCACAAACCAUAAGCGAGCCAACUCCCUCAGAUAAGAACGACAAAAGAUUUUCGUGCACCAGUGAAGUUCAAACAGCCAGAAGGAUGAAGGAACCUCUGCCGCCGUGCAACGGCGAGCUUCAGAAGAGGAAGAGUUGCUACGUUAUAAGCAGCAGAACCAACAACGAUGAUGACGACGACGAAGAUGAUGCUGGGAUCGAUAAAGAUGAUGAUGCUGAUGAUGGAAGACAAACUAGUGAUGAUAAGGAUGAUGGCGUUGAGAAAAUUAGAAAUAAUAAUAAUAAUAAUAAUAAUAAUAAUAAUAAUAAUAAUAAUAAUAAUGAUAAUAUGAAUGAAAAGUCCGGUAACGUCAAUAAUAACUUUAGUAAGAAUGACAAUCAUGGCAAAAGUUGUAAGCAAAAAACAUUUGACAACAUCAACAACAACAACAACAAAAACAACAGCAACAACAUCAACAACAACAACAUCAACAACAUGAAUGAACAUCUGCAACAGCAACAACAACACGUCAACAAAAAACGUCCCGACUCAGCGAUUAAUGUUCCCAGCCAAGGUGUGCACGCUGAAAAGAUACUCCUGAAACACCGGGCGAAUUCGGCCUCAGUUGAACCGCCGCCAGCCACACGCGAACAAUCGCCACACGCUGCGACACCACACCAGCAACGAGGUGAUGUCUUCAAAGCCAGUAAUAGCAGCAAAAACACAAACAACCUCGUCAGCAGCAAUGAUGUCCAACUUCAGAAAGUGAACCAGAAGCAGCAGAGCAAACAGAUCCACGAUAACUACCCUCCAGUUAAUCCUAGACACGCUAAGAGCCCACCACAACAACAACACAACAACAUCAACAACAAUUUUAACAACAACAACAACAACAUUAACAACAAUUUUAACAACAAAAACAGGCGCAGCAGCAGAAACAGUAGCGACAACGACCACGCCUUUUCACCACCAAUCCCGGCGAAAAGAAAUUCCUCGCACCUUCCUACAUGCAUCUUGGAUGAGUUCAUCACCAGGGGGAGGGUGCACAGCGUUGGGACGAACAAUAAUAACAACAGCAUCAGCAGCAAGAAACUUAACCGAUAUAUGGACAAAAACUAUCCAGUAAAUAUCACCAACAGCAACAACGUUAACAGCAAUAACAACUGUGCUAAAGAUUCGAAGGCAGUUAAGUAUUCAUCGGAUAGGUCGAACUGCGUGAGUGAGCUGCAGAGAGACUACGGAAGUAGGGUGGACCAGCACCAACGUCUGCUGCUUGAAAAGCGAGAGAUGAUCGAAGCCGAGAUCAAACAGUUGAAGAAUCAAAAGAAGACCUUCUCACCGCCUCCAUUCUCCAACAUCAAAUAUUACAAUGCCCCUGCUAGGAGGUCCAACGAAAUUGAUACGAGAUUCGAUAAGGAAAAUUUAAUCUUCUUUGAUCAAAAUGUCGACAAAUCUAAAAAAUCAAACGAAAUCAAAUCAUCGAAAUUUGACGGCAAAGUGAAUAACAGCCUCCAGGCUAACAAUGCAGAGAACAUAGUUCGUAGGAAGGAUGCUGAUUUGAAGGCUCAACUACAGAAAGAUUCUCAUUUAUAUGAGAACAUCACAAAAAUGAGCGACGAACGAAAAAAAGUUUCGACCCCGAACUACAAGGACGACUCCACUGAGAUCAACCUGACGGAAAUACUAGCCAGUUGCUCAGCAAAGGAUGAUAAAAUGCCACCUGAAGCCAAUGUAUCCAGUGAUUCGAGCGCCACAGAUAGAGACAUCGUCGAUAAGAUAGAUUUUACAACUUACGCCAACAACCUGGAAUGUCCUAGUCGUAAAUUUGAAUUUUCUUCGCCGGCUUCCGGUUCAGACUGUGCCGAGAGCCAGGCCAGCGAUUUGGAAGUAAACAGGGAAAGCGAAGUGGAUAUACUUGCGUUGAACGCUUCGGAAGAGGAGUUGUUGUUCUCCAUUCAGCAAAAUCAAAAACAACAAAAUCGGGGCAAAUCAACCGCUCAGGCUCUCGAUAAAAACGCCAACGGAAAUGCAAAUAACGGCAAGCAGCUGCACAGGGAUGCUCGGAGGUCACUGAACAGCGGAGGCACGUUUGUGAAGAAAUGUGUCGAUCUGUGCAACAAGGAGAACAACAGCAGCAGCAGCAGCAACCACAACAGCGAAAGGAAGCAGUGCCAGGAUGUCCGCCACGUCGCCUCCGAGAUGCAAAAUGACGACAAAUUUGAUGUCGAAGCGUUUAGGAAUGGAGAUUACUUGAGAUUCGAGAGCGAAUCAAUAACGAAAUUAUUAAACAGCAGCAGUCUGGCUUGUGACCACAAGAUCGAGUUCAGCUCUGACGACUACGGCAACAGUUCAGCUGAUUCGAGCGACUCUGACGAUUCGAGCCUAUCGUCAAACAGAGACAUGGACCGAGGCAUCAACAUGCUCUUUGAAAAAUUAAAAUUAGACAACAGUGACGAUUUGUUAGCUGCAGUUGAUGCCAUGAAUGCAGAGCGUAAUCAACGAAACAGCAUUUACAACAGUCAGAACGAUGAAAAUUUUGCUGCCCGCUUGGAGCAAUCGGACUUUCCAGUGUUGGAUUGGGCUCUCAAUCCCAGCUGUACGUUCAACUUCGAAAGUCUGGACCGCACAUUCACGUUGAAUCCUUACGAUUUGAUGUAUGCCCAUAAAUAUGCAGCGUCGCAAGGAAGAAAUGACGACCCGGCAAAUUGUGAGGAUGACAUUUUUGGCGGGGAAGGCAGCGUGAAUGAAUUCUCAACCUCUCUUCGUAAAAAUGGACUCCUGGACUUUGCCAGUGUAAAUAAUUCACCCUCCAGAUUGCUACAAAAAAUGGAUUCAGACAUACUUUUAGCUUAGUUGGACAUUUCUUAAAGUUAAAAUUACUUUUUUGUGCUUAAAAACUAACUUGUCAAUAAAAACUAUUGUACAAUCUAUGUAUGAAUUGAUUAUAUUAUUUAAGAAAAUUCAAAUACAGUAAUUAAACUUGCUAAAAUUUGUGUGUUAGCUAACUGUUGUAACCACAAACUGCAAGCCCUUUUGGAUAAGUACCAAUCAAAAUCUAUUUUCAAUGUUUUAUUUAAAUUUCAAAAGUUUCUCGCUCAAUUUUGUUUCGUUCUUCAAAUUUUUAGCGUAAUGUUUGCUGCUAUGUUUUGAAACAUUUUAUUAGUCUAAGUUAAAACGCGCUGACUUGAAAUUUUUUACUAUAAACUGCCUAUUGUGUAUUGUCUUGUCUCUAAUAAUAUAUAUAUAUAUAUAUAUGUAUGUAUGUAUGUAUGUAUGUAUGUAUGUUUGUAUGUACGUACGUACGUAUGUAUGUACGUAUGUAUGUACGUAUGUAUGGAUGUAUGAAUAGAUGGAUGUAUGUAUGCAUGCAUGCGUGUAUUACAAAUUCGUCUAUAUUUUUAACUAUCUGUAACUAUGUUGAUGUUUAAGGUGGAGAGUCAACCAGCAGACGAGCAAAGAGAAUAUACGAAUCUACUUU